CAAAGAAACUGAUCUCAAGACUCAGAGCAGAUAAUAGCGAGAACCAACGCAGAAAGCGGAUGCGGCGCGGGGCUCGCUAUGGAGACCACAGAGGUUGGUACCCAAGAACACAAAGGAACAAGCCGUGAUUUUGACCAUAGAGAGGGUCGGCUCAACAAAUACACGCUCUUUUGUGCUCUUUUGGCCUCCACAAACUCCAUUCUUUUGGGCUACGACAUUGGGGUGAUGAGCGGGGCAGCGCUAUUAAUCAAAGAAAACCUCAAAAUCACAUCAAUCCAGGAGGAAAUCUUGGUGGGUACCCUGAACGUGUUUUCUUUGGUGGGAUCACUCGCUUCCGGUAAGACUUCUGACUACAUCGGCAGGCGUUACACUACAGUCUUGGCCGCAACAACAUUUCUAAUAGGUGCGCUUUUAAUGGGCCUAGCCCCAUCGUUCCUGUUCCUCUUGGUGGGCCGCGUUAUUGCCGGCAUCGGCGUCGGCUAUGCCCUCGUGAUCGCUCCCGUCUACGCCGCCGAGCUCUCUCCCUCCAUGAGCCGUGGUUUCCUCACUUCCCUACCUGAAGUUUUCAUCACCUUCGGCAUCCUACUUGGUUACGUUCUCAACUAUGCCUUAUCUGGUCUCCCGGAGCACAUAAAUUGGAGAAUAAUGCUGGGCCUCGCGGCAAUACCGGCAAUAAUUAUCGGCCUAGGUGUCAUCGCAAUGCCGGAGUCCCCUCGUUGGCUUGCUAUGCAAGGCCGCGUGGACGAAGCUAAAGAGGUUUUGAUUAAAAUAUCAAACACUGUUGGAGAAGCUGAAUCCAGACUUGAGGAGAUAACCAAAGCGGCGUCGGUUUUGGUCAGCAGCCCAACUGCCAGCCCAGAAUCGGCCCAUGAAAGGAAUUGGUGCGGAGAGGGGGUUUGGAAGGAGCUUUUGUUAAGGCCCUCUAGGCCCAUUAGACGGAUGCUAAUUGCGGCUAUAGGAAUCAACUUCUUCAUGCAAGCUUCUGGGAACGACGCCGUUAUAUACUACAGCCCUGAAGUGUUCAAGGCUGCGGGGAUUCAUAGUAAGAAGCAGCUGUUUGGGGUUAACGUCAUUAUGGGCAUUGCCAAGACAUCCUUUGUGUUGCUGUCGGCCCUUUACUUGGACAGGUUCGGGAGGCGGCCCCUUUUGUUGUUGGGCUCAGCCGGGAUGGUCCUCUCGUUAGCUGGGCUAGGCUUGGGCUCGAUGUUUCUCGGUCGUUCGGAUAGUAAGCCGACGUGGGCCAUUGUGUUGUGCAUUUUGGCUGUGUGCGCUGAUGUAUCCUUCUUUUCAAUUGGGCUUGGGCCCAUCACGUGGGUCUACUCCUCGGAGAUUUUUCCUAUGAGGUUAAGGGCCCAAGGUUCGAGCCUGGCCAUUUCGGUGAACCGGUUGGUGAGUGGGGUGGUGUCAAUGACGUUUUUGACCAUUUCCAAGAAGAUAACAUUUGGGGGAAUGUUUCUUGUGCUUGCGGGAAUAAUGGUGGUGGGCACGAUGUUCUUUUAUGUGUUCUUGCCGGAGACAAAGGGCAAGAGCUUAGAAGAAAUAGGAGCCUUAUUUGAGGAUAAACACACAAAGAAUGAUAACAGGGCCAGGGAAAUGGCCCAAAUGGGGGUAGCGUAGUUAUGUGUUUAAUUAUGUGUGUAAUUAAAUCCCUUUCUACUUGCUUAAAAUUUUUAAACA